GUUCCUUCACUACUGCUGAAAAUUGCUCCUAGGAUCAAAACACUUUCAGUAGCUGGAUCACGAUGUAGAAAUUGCCAGGCGUGGUCGCUGUCACGUUUAGUAUCCGAUCAAAUGAAAAUCACGUUUGAGGGACAUACGUCAGCAGUAUGAGCAGCAGGUAGACGGCAGCUUGAAGGGAUUAUGGGAGAAAGGAGCCAUGUCAGAAGACACGCUAAGCAACUCCCAGGCUUCCUUUCAGGCGGUGGCUCUUCGGAUUUUUGAUCUUCCUCUUUCAUUGUACAACGCCUUUCCCCAGGUAAGGUUUUCCCCCAGUGUUAAGAAGCUGUUUGCAGUGACAGCUUUCAGUGCGGUGUCUCUCAUUUUUCUUGCCCGUCACUUUAAAAGAAGAAAAGGGAAAACAAAUAAAAAUGCAACAUCUCCAUGGGAACAGGAGCAGUUUGUACCAGAAUUCCUCAGAACUGCUCCUUUAGAAAAAGAUUCCAGUCACACAAGUAGUUGUCAGAACCUGAGCCUUUCCCUAAACUCCAAGGGUCAGUCGUGUAAUGUGUAUGCGAAUGGAGAGCUGUAUAGCAAGUCUUCAGGCUCCGUGCAGAGUCUGGCCUCGGUGAAGAGUGUCAAUUCUUCAAACAGCUGUGCUUGUGCCAGCCACUCCUGGGAUAAAGCAGCAGAUGAUACUGCAAUGAGUUUGGUCAAUAUCCCUGUAACUACUCCUGAAAACUUGUACCUGAUGGGCAUGGAGUUGUUUGAGGAGGCCCUGAGACGGUGGGAACAGGCCCUGACCUUUCGCAGCCACCAGGCUGAGGAUGAGGCCAGCUGCAGCUCCAUCAAAGUGGGGGCUGGAGACGCCAUAGCGGAGGAGAGCGUGGAGGACAUCAUUAGUGCUGAAUUCAUCCACAAACUGGAGUCUCUGCUGCAGAGAGCUUACCGCUUGCAGGAGGAGUUUCAGGUCACUCUGGGGGCUUCAGAUCCCUCGUCUCUUGCUAAUGACAUUGAUAAAGACACAGACAUCACCAUUAAAGAGGAUUCUGAUGACUUCUGUCUGAGGGACACAUUGAGCAUCGCAUCUACCGAUUCAUUCGUCUCCGCGGCCGAGCUCUCGGAGCACAGAGAGCUUCGGAAUGCCUUCGCUCUGGGUUCUCUGUGUCGCUGCCCACUGUACGAAGAGGCUCUGCAUCAGGCAGAGGAAGGGAAAAUCUCCUGCAGAGUGCUGAGGACAGAGAUGCUGGAGUGUUUGGGGGACACUGAUUUUCUCGCCAAGUUGCAUUGUGUGCGCCAGGCAUGCCAGGUCAUUCUCUCUGAAGCUGGAACUCGGACAUUCCUUGCCGAAACAGGAAAAAAGAUUUUGUCAGCUAUAAUAGUGAAAGCACACAAGAACCCAAAGAGAUUUGAGGAAGUCUUUGAGGAAAUGAUGGAUUUCUUAGAGCAAACAGACCACUGGGAGAACACCAAACAUGAACUUGCUACACGAGGGGUAAAGCAUCUGAAUUUUUAUGACAUAGUCCUUGACUUCAUUCUGAUGGAUUCUUUAGAAGAUUUAGAAAACCCGCCCAUUUCUAUCCAGAAUGUUGUCAACAACCGCUGGCUCAACAGCUCUUUUAAAGAAACCGCAGUGGCUUCCAGCUGUUGGUCAGUGCUGAAGCAGAAGAAGCAACACAUGAAGGUGCCCGAUGGCUUCAUUGCACACUUCUAUGCUGUAUGUGAACACGUCAGCCCAGUUUUGGCUUGGGGAUUACUUGGGCCCAAAAGCUCCCUGCAUGACUUCUGCUCCUUCUUUAAGGAUCAGGUGCUGUUCUUUCUCAAAGACAUUUUCGACUUGGAGAAGGUGCGGUACACCAGCACAGAGAGCCUGGCGGAGGACAUGCUGCAGCUGCUGCACCGCUGCUCCGAGCUCCUCAUGGCUUACCUGGGAGCAGAGGCUCUGAGGCACGUCAACGGCUGUGUGAGUGGCCAGACCCACGUGGUGACCAGCGGACUGCCAGAGUCACGUGUGCAGUGACCAGCACCUGCAUGCACAUCGACCGUCUUUGCUCUGUUAGCUUGAGCACCGUGGUGUCUUUUGAAAAUAUUAGCACCUCAAAAUGCGCAACAAUGCAAGUUCAAGAUGGACUCAGGGAAGGUUUCCACAGAAUGGUAUCAGGGGUUCAAAAAUUCCAAUGUUUUAUUAUUAUUUAUAUGUAAAUGUUACUAAAAUUUGUUUGGUUUAAAACCUGGUGAGAUCUGUUGAACAACUUGAAAAGGAUUUUAUGUUUAUCUUGGUGGCUGUUUUAAUUUAAAAUACUGUAAUCCCUGCAGUAAUUGUGUUGCCAAAUUGUCUUGUGAAUUAUUUCCUCAAGAAUCGGUAUGUUGCCAUGAAAUUAGUUGUUGCUUGUCAUAUGGAUUGUGCUGUAGAUAUUUAAUGCUGUUUUCAGAUUGUAAACCUAAAGCCACAUUGCUGCUUUGUAUGCCUUGUUGUAAUACUUAUUUCAACAUUAUGUAAUCACUACUAGACCUUGAUAGAGGUUUUCUAUUGAGAUUAUACAUGGAUCUCAAACAGCUGGUACCCUACAUGCUUAGCACUCUUCUAUUUGAAAUGCUGGAAGCUUACGUUUGCGUAAUGAAAUGCAGUGCUGCAGUGAAUGUGUCAUUCUGUUCUUUAAUGUGCAAAAUCCUUACUCUCUCGAUCAUUGUCACCUCAUAGUCGGAGCACACCUGUGAUUGGCGAUACAGGUAAGUUAACAUGCACUUAGUGUUUUGCAUACUACAGUAAGAUGCAUAGGAGUAGGUGAAAUAUAUACCCCACAUAUGAUGUUUGUGGGAUAUGCCAUUCCUGUACAAUUCCCUGCAAAAUUGGAGCAGUUGUGUGAAUGCUACAUUCUGCAAACUGCAUACCACCUAGCAAAAAGCAGCAUCCUCAAUAUUUAGAAUCUGAACGAUGGGAUGUCGGGUAUUCGGUUUGUUUGAUUUUAUGUUCAACUUUAGUAUUUCUGCACCGAGUAUGCGGAAUGCUAAUCUGAAUUUAAAAUGCAUGUGAAUGUGCUGAUUUGAGUUUUAAAAGGUCAGCAAGAGAACUCUAAUCCUUUUUUUUUUUUUUAAGAAGCACAUCCCACAAAACACUAGCUGCAUUACCCCAUAUUUGUGUGUGUAUAUAAAUACAUAUUAUAUAUAUAUAAAAUAUAUUCUCAACAAAUUAAGAAUAAACACAAUCCUUGUAAA